AUUUGUCAUUGACAUCAAUAAAAUUGUUGUAAUUUUGUAUGCAGUCUAAUUAUCGCUUUAUUUCCUGUUUUAGAAAUGUAGGCUGCGAAAAAUAAGUAAACUAAUUCGUUCCUUGGAUUAAUUUUGAAGUGAAAGCGUAUAUUAAGUGGAAAAAUGGAUAUGAUACAUGAUUUGUCCUUAAGCAAUGACUCUUUAUUGUGCUGCCGCGCCUGUCUUGCCACCGACGCGAGACUCUUCAACAUCCAUGAAUAUAAACUCACCGAAGCCUUUUAUCGCAUCUCAGGGACUUUUGUGUACAAGGAUGGGCCGCAGCACUUGUGUACCUUCUGCAGCGCGGCGCUGCUGCGCUGCGAGUCCUUCCGCACCAAGUGUGUCCGCGCCCAGCUGUGCCUCAACUCCAAGGAGCAUCAGGGAGAGCUGGACACAGACUACAUCCGCACGAUAGAUCGCGCAUCACACAAGCUCCUCCCAAACCUGACCAUCAAUCCGGUUCAAACAGUCGAGUGUAUCGACGUCAAGCCCUCCGAGGACAUCAAAAACGAACCCGACAUCGAAAUCACGGACGAUAGCAAGAAAACCGACUUCAAAAUAGAAGUGGAGGUCAAUGAGGAUAAAUUGGAACAAGUAUUCCUUGUUACCGACAUAGAUGAUAAUGAUAGCAAUAAAAGAAAAAGGAAGACUGGGAAGAAAAAGAUUAAAAUGGAAAUAGAUGAAGAUGAUGUUGAUUUUGAUGAUGGUGUUGACAUUGAUGAUGAUAAUGAUGAUAUAAGUUUAGAAAAUAUAGCUAAAAGUCUGAAGAAGGGAAAAGUAAAAUCUAAAGCUAAGAAGAUAGUUAAGAAGAAGAAAGAUAAACCGGUGAAAGUUAAGCAGGUGAAAGAGAAGCCGGUGAAAGAGUUGAAGAUUAAGAGGAGAAAUCCAGCUAACGGAUAUUUGCCGGAGUUUGCGAUGGCCGCGUUUGAAAACAUGUAUUCGGUUCAUGUCGUCACCUUAAGCAAGGAAGAUCAACUGGAAGAGAUAGCAAUGCGCAAGGAGUCCGCCAACUACCAGGAGUCCGCGUUCCAGUGCGAAGACUGCGGGAAGGGCUUCGUGGCCGAGGAGGCCUACAACAACCACCGCACCAGACACAGCCCGAGCGCUGGCAAUUUCCCCUGCGAAAUAUGUAAAGUGCGCUUUACGAAGCAAAGCAUACGGCACACUCACCAGGACAUGCACCGGCUCAAGUUCUUCUGCAAGGAGUGCAGUUUCGUCUCCAGAACCAGGCACCAAGCGAAGCAACACCACGAGAUGCACGUGGGCAAGACGUUCGAGUGUCAGCACUGCGGGAAGAGCUUCAGCAAGAGUUCAACGUACUUAUCACACGUGCGUCUGGCGCACCCGGCGCUGAAUGUGGCAUGCGACGAGUGCGGGGAGACUUUCGUCGGGCAGAUGGGGCUCAAGAUGCACAAGAAGAGGAUGCACGCCAAGAGCGUCAAACCCGAACAGUACAAGUGUGAGAUCUGCUCAGCCACGUUCCUAAGCGUGGAGGCGCUGAACAGACACACAGACACGGCCGCCGAGCACGGUGACCUGCGGCCGUGCGAGCAGUGCGGCGAGAACUGUGCGAGCGAGGACGCGCUACGGGAACAUGUCGGGGAGAUGCAUCCGGCUGAGACACAUCGGUGUGAGGAGUGCAACGCGACGUUCGCGAGCGCGGCUGCGUACGACCUCCACCACCGACGCAAGCAUCUCAACCAGCCCUUCAGCGCUGCUGGCAGACGGACCAUGCACAGGGAGCCCCUCGUGCCGGGGCAGUUCGUGUGCGAGCAGUGCGGACGGAUACUGCCGGUACUGCUCUCUCUCUCUAUCAUACACCUCAACCGGCUUCAGCGCUGCUGGCAGACGGACCAUGCACAGGGAGCCCCUCGUGCCGGGGCAGUUCGUGUGCGAGCAGUGCGGACGGAUACUGCCGGUACUGCUCUCUCUCUCUAUCAUACACCUCAACCGGCUUCAGCGCUGCUGGCAGACGGACCAUGCACAGGGAGCCCCUCGUGCCGAGGCAGUUCGUGUGCGAGCAGUGCGGACGGAUACUGCCGGUACUGCUCUCUCUCUCUAUCAUACACCUCAACCGGCUUCAGCGCUGCCGGCAGACGGACCAUGCACAGGGAGCCCCUCGUGCCGGGGCAGUUCGUGUGCGAGCAGUGCGGACGGAUACUGCCGGUACUGCUCUCUCUCUCUAUCAUACACCUCAACCGGCUUCAGCGCUGCCGGCAGACGGACCAUGCACAGGGAGCCCCUCGUGCCGGGGCAGUUCGUGUGCGAGCAGUGCGGACGGAUACUGCCGGUACUGCUCUCUCUCUCUCUAUCAUACACCUCAACCGGCUUCAGCGCUGCCGGCAGACGGACCAUGCACAGGGAGCCCCUCGUGCCGGGGCAGUUCGUGUGCGAGCAGUGCGGACGGAUACUGCCGAGUCGAACCUCGUUGAGGUACCACAAGAGGGACCAUAAGACCGCGAAGCCGCACGCCUGCCGGCAGUGCCCCAAGAGCUUCUCCACCAAACGGGCGCUCGAUUGGCACAUCCGAUCGCACACGGGCGAGAAGCCGCACCAGUGCCCCGAGUGCCCGCUCGCGUUCAGCAUCAAGUCCAACCUCAAGCGACAUCACAAAGCG